AUGGAGAUUAAAUAUCAAGAAAAACUUUUGAAAGCAAAAAAUCGUAAACAUGAGAUAGUAAAAAAACUUUAUAUACAAAAUUAUAGAGUAUCGCCUUUUGAAUUAUCACAAAAGCUUACAAGAACAGCUAACUUAUGGAAAAACAUUAAUAGGAAUGUCAAAAAAUGUAAAGUACCCUCUAGGACAGAACAUUCUGUUUUAUCCUUGCAUAAUGUUACUGUUAAUGAAGACGAAGAAAUAAUUCCUGAAGAUAUUGACAAUAAAUCAAACGGUCACCCAAAUUCUGAAGUGAUACAAAUAAAAGAUCCGAUCAUUUUAAGGUUAGAAGAAGAACAAGAUUCCAAGUUAAAUAGCCCUCACGUUCUUCCAGCUUAUAUUUGCACGAACCCACAUAAAAUAUUAUCACCUAUUGAAACUAAUUAUAUUGCUCUAAGCUAUAAAGCAAGUAAAACUGUUGACAAGGAUUUUAAAUCAGAUACAGUAAACGAAUCUUUACUUAAUCAAACUAAAUCAGUUAAAUGUUAUCCGGAAAAAAUAAUAAUCUACGACAAUUCAUUGAAAGAACAAAUUAUCAAGUUUUCUUUAGUCAAUUGUGGUACUGAAUAUGUCCAUAUACGUUUUAAAAGUGUGUCAGAUACGUCCUAUUUUAAAGACUACAGAAUAUUACCCGAGAUUCCCUAUAAAUUGAACCGAGGAUUGACAAAACGUUACAAAUUACUUUUCAAAUUUCUUGAAAAUAUUAAAGAUAAAGAAUUUUCUGUAAUACUAUAUUUUAGAAUUAGAACUAAAACAUUUGAAGAAAUCCUUAGCAUUCCAGUUAUUGGGCAAUUUGAUAAAAGUAAUUCUGUUAUAAUUACCGAAACUGUGAACAUUCCUGAAGUUUACAUGUGGCAAGUUAAUGCAAAAUGUGGAUACCCAAAAGGAUUUGUUCAAAUUCAAUUAUAUGGCAACACAGUAUAUGAUUUGCAUAUAAGGAAAAAGGACUUUAGUUUUAUAAACGAAUCUGAAGAUUCACGUAGUAUUGAAUCGCAUCAUCUCACUCUUACCACAGAGAGCUUAAUGCAAAAAAUAAACGAUGUUGAAACUGACACACAAAAUAAUACGCUCUUAUCUUCUAAGGUAUUAAUAAAUGAAAAUAAUGAAAAUGAAACAUUAAAAUCUUACGAUGUCGUAACACUUGUGGUUAACGACAUACUUAACCUUGUAUAUGAACCAUUUAUUUUUAAGAAUACAUAUUUACGACUAUUUCCUAAAUCUAAAAGAAUAGUUUUCGUCUACUUUACUAAAGCAAAACAUGUUGGGUACCACCAAAGAUAUUAUGAUUUUAUAUUUCGUGAUUCUGAUGAGAAAAGUUUUACUAAAACGAUUAAAAUAUUCACUGAAGUUAUACCACAUCCCAUUUUAAUAAAUCCAACUAUAUUGGAUAUGUCGAAAUCGCCUGUAAAAUUUGGCCAAUAUCAAGACCACUUUACGAUUACCAAUACAAACAAAGUUUUCCCAGUUACAAUAACAAUAAAAACCACAAAUAAAAUGGACAAGAUAUUUCAAAUCAAGCCCAGAUUUACAACAAUUCCAGCUAAAUCUUAUAUUGAAUUUAAAAUUAUGUUUUGUAAAGGAAACAUAAAUUUACCAGAAAUUUUGGACAUUAUGGCGUACUUUACAAUAAAGAUAAUUAUCAACGGUGACAGUUCCAUCUACAAGAAUGUUCCUCCUAUUUAUUAUGAAAUUAUAACGCCUUAUAUUAAAGAAUUCAUUCGAAUUUACGAAAAAAAAAAUUUAAAUGAAUUAUCAGAAUUAAAACCGUUCGAAUCGUUCUAA